AUGCACUCGAGCCAUGUUGAAGGCUCCACUCCAAAACUUGAAUCGCGGUCGCAGAGGACAACGAAUACAAGCUCAAACUGGUCCUUCAAUCAUCGCAGCUAUGGGGGCUUUUAUUGCGACUCUGAUGACUCUGGUGAAUCUGAUGACGAUAAGGAUCAAUCACGAGACGCACUUUCAGACGAUACGCAACUAUUCAGGGACCUCGAUUUGGCAUCUAGACAAGAAACCGUGGAGUACAAACCCAAUCCCUGGACAAUCGCAAAGAUAAAUGCAUCAUCUCGGCCUGCAGCUUCGUCUAAACAUAUCGAGCACAAAGCACCGAGUCAACAAGCACCGUUGAAGCAGCCUCAAGGUCGUAUCGUUGAUGCAUUCAAGAAGCAAGCCGAACGGCCACCCCCAAGUCAUAUGCGGAGUGUUUUGAAGCCAGACGAUUCAGUCCUUCCUCAGAAGAUCGGUUUGAAUGCAAAGCAAUUUCUCAGUCUUCUCCCUUGCGACCUACCUACGAAGAUAACACUUUCCUCCCGUCUCGACCAAAUCAGGUGGCUUAUAAUAGGCAAGGCCAAAUACCUCAUCAACUGGAGGUGUUCGAAACAAACCAGGGGUAUAUCUGCCCCAAAUACCACUCUCGUUCCAGUCCGAUACAGGCGCAUAUACCAGCCAACCUUUGAACGUUGCUUCGAUGUAUCUCCUGCUCCACGUACCGUUGAGCCCCAGAGGAUGCCUCAAUGGCUCGCGUCGACGGUGCAAAGUGUGCUCCCUUCUGAUCCUGGCCUUGCAGUUCCCCCACCCUUCAAUCCGCGGCUGAUAGAGACAGCCAAUAUGCGCAUAACUCCUGCUGUUUCUGAAGUCUCCAGGGUUCCUGCAAAGUCUGUCUCAACUUACGAAUCUCGAAUGCAACUGAAGAGCCCGUCGCCCCCUCCACCCAGCUCGCCUCCGCCUAUAAGCCCACCGCGGAAAAGUGUUCAACGUAAUCCAACAGACUUUUCUCGCAUGGUCUCUGCUUAUGCAUUCGGUGCUGAAGAAGAUUCUGACGCUACAUGGACGACUUUACCUUCCAGGAAGAAAUUUCGUGCAGUCACAAGUGAUUCGAGGAAAAACAAGAUUAUACAAUCUGGCAGGUUCCGUUUGCCCAUACCAAAUCGAAAUAUGGGCAAGGUUACUUCAAGAUCAAAUGGUACAAAACAAGAAAUGCAAGGGAAUAAUCGCACAAUCGGUGCAAGACGGGUCAUAACGUAUCUUCCUCCACCCAUAUCACCAGGGGGUAUCGUAGCUGCUGAAGAGGUUGCUAUUGGCAAGCCCAGACCAGAAAAGCAACGUCCGACUGCGAAACUUAAUCAAGUGGACACUCAAUCCGAUGCCACAAAAAUAUCAGUCACAGAUGCCAACGACAUUACCUCCAAUAAAUCGUCCACUGAUCAGUACUCAAAUACUACCUUUGAAGAGCUUCCACGUGAUCACCUAUUUCCCGCCGCCGCUAGCAUUGUCGUCGACCAUGACUGUGCUUCAACCGAGGAACCACCCCAGACCCACGCUCCUGCUAAUAGCAUGUGCGAAUCUGCUACUGGUACACUUGUUGGUGACGAAGGUCCCAUUUUUGCAUUUGAUGUGAACGCUUUGGUGCAACGCUAUCCGUAUACUAGGAAUUUAAUGAGAGAGCAGAAACGCCUUAGGGAGCAAUUGUGGGAUAUGCUCGGUUUGCCCAGUUGUGGAAUAGUCUACUGCGACCAGGGUGGAACUCUUCCACUGAGGAGGCAGGAACUUUCCAUUAUUGUUUGGCCGUUACCUCGUGCUGAAGCUGAGAUUUUGUAA